UCUCCCUUGGAGACAGUGCAUGACCGUGCAACAGUAGUCUCCACUCCACAGCACUUCUACUGAGCUCCAGCACUGUCCAGAGAGAAAGAGAGACAGCAUCUGAGUAAGAGACAGUGAGGGAGUUAGCUCAACUGAUUGUGAACGAGGGAGAAAUAAAUAAAGAAGGAGAUAUAAACAUCAAUAGACAUUUAGAUAGAAGAGACUGAUAGAGAGCUAUAGCAAGCCGCCUGUGGAGGAGCCAGGAGCCUGGGAAUGCAGAGGGAUUGCAGGAGGAGCUGCUGAGUGUAGCAGCAGUCCAGGCAGGCAGACAGACAACACACACACAUCCCAGGGAGGGACUGUUGGCUCUGCCUCUAGUGGAGGAUGAAGAAGCACUCGGCCAGAGUGGCUCCUCUCAGCUCCUACAGCUCCCAGGUCCUCACCUGCCCCAUCUCCGAAGGAGAGGAGGGUUCUGAGUCUCGUGCAGACACCCCAGGCAGCGAGGCCAGUGGAGAGGGGACAUCGUACCAGACGUGUGCUAACACAGUACUGAAGGUGCUGGGGGGCCUCCUAUUGGUCCUAUGUGUGUCCUCCUCCUGGGUGGGCACCACUCAGCUGGUCCAGCUCACCUUCAAGUCCUUCUCCUGCCCCUUCUUCGUCUCCUGGUUCAGCACCAACUGGAACAUCCUCCUCUUCCCUCUCUACUACGGAGGCCAUGUGGUCACCACCCGGGACAAGCAAACGCCUAUACAGAAAUUCAGAGAAUGCAGCAGGCUUUUCGGGGAAGAUGGGAUGACACUCAAGCUGUUCCUGAAGAGGACAGCCCCCUUCUCCAUCCUGUGGACCCUGACUAACUACCUGUACCUGCUGGCCCUGAGGAAGCUGACCGCCACUGACGUCUCAGCCCUCUACUGCUGCCACAAGGCCUUCGUCUUCCUGCUGUCGUGGAUCGUCCUGAAGGACCGCUUCAUGGGUGUACGGAUUGUGGCAGCCAUAAUGGCCAUCACAGGCAUUGUCAUGAUGGCAUACGCAGAUGGUUUCCAUGGGGACUCCAUUAUAGGUGUGGCCUUGGCUGUGGGCUCUGCCUCCACAUCGGCUCUCUACAAGGUGCUGUUUAAGAUGUUCCUGGGCAGUGCCAGCCUGGGUGAGGUGGCUCACUUCCUCUCCACCAUGGGUGUCUUCAAUCUCAUCUUCAUCUCCUUCAUCCCCCUCAUCCUCUACUUCACCAAAGUGGAGCACUGGGGCUCUCUGUCCUCACUGCCCUGGGGAUACCUGUGUGGCCUGGCUGGGCUCUGGCUGGUGUUCAAUAUCCUGGUUAAUGUUGGUGUGGUGCUUACCUACCCCAUCCUCAUCUCUAUAGGGACACUGCUCAGUGUGCCCGGCAAUGCAGCGGUAGAUGUGUUGAAACAUGAGGUUAUCUUCAGUGUGGUGCGUCUGGCUGCCACCUGCAUCAUCUGCCUGGGCUUCCUGCUGCUGCUGCUUCCUGAGGAGUGGGACUCCGUCACUCUGCGCUUCCUCGCCGCCUUCGCAGACAAGAAGUCUGAGGAGCAUGGCGAGGAGCUGACCGAGUCCAGCAUCCACACGCGCAGCCGCAGCCGAGCCAAUGGCACAGUCUCAAUCCCUAUGGCAUGAUCCCAUGAUCCUCCACUGCCCCGUCCCAUCACCAACCCCCAUCCUCACACGUUUCUACAUGUCCCAUCUGGGAAGCGUGGCGAGAUGACUCUGGUGCUGACUUACAGACCAGGAAGUCCAAAAUCAGGAGAACAGGAUGUGUAACUAGGACUGAGAGAAACUAUCACAGUUCUGUCACUUUCCCCAGGAACUAGUGGGGAGUGAAAAUAGAACAUUUACUGCUGAGUUUGGUGAGCAGAAAGUUGGAAAGUGUUAUUUACUUUCUUGAAUUCCUUGCCACGCCCAGUCUUGCCCGUCACAUGCCCCUAGACCAGUGUUUCUCAACUUUGGUCCUCCAAUACCCCCACAGUACAUAUUUUUGUUGUGGCCCCGGACAAGCACAUCUAAUCAUCUAGCACUUGCCAAAUUGAAUCAGUUGUUUUUAUCCGAGGCUACAACAAAAAUAUGUGCUGUUGGGGGCACUGAAGGACCGGAGUUGGGAAACACUAGCCUAGACCACAUAAGCUCAACCUUGAACCUGCUACACGGACUGUAUUCUGUGAAUAUAAAUAUUGAAUGGGCCAGUUUGGCUCAAUCUUAUAUGUAUUUAUUGAAUUUACUCAGAGGUGUAUCAGUAUAGUAUUUACAUUUUACUUCUUAUAUAUAGUAUUAUGUACAGGAAUGGGUUGGGAAAUACAGUUCCUUUAGAAACAUAUUUUGUGUUACACCCUGAAUAUAAUUACAUUUAGAUGUUUUUUGUCACUGGCCUACACACAAUACUCCAUAAUGUCAAAGUGGAAUUAUGUUUUACAUUUUUUUUAA